AUGUGUGACGUUGUUUUAGGUUCUCAAUGGGGGGAUGAAGGUAAAGGUAAAUUAGUCGAUGUGUUAUGUGAUGACAUUGAUGUUUGUGCAAGAUGUCAAGGUGGUAAUAAUGCUGGUCAUACUAUUGUGGUUGGUAAGACUAAAUAUGAUUUCCAUAUGUUACCUUCUGGUUUAGUUAAUCCAAACUGUCUUAAUUUAGUUGGAUCAGGUGUCGUUAUUCAUGUUCCAUCAUUUUUCCAAGAAUUAGAAAAUUUAGAAAAGAAAGGAUUACAUUGUCGUGAUAGAUUAUUUAUAAGUUCAAGAGCUCAUUUAGUAUUUGAUUUCCAUCAAAGAACUGAUAAAUUGAAAGAAGCUGAAUUAUCAAUCAAUAAAACUGCCAUUGGUACUACUGGUAAAGGUAUUGGUCCAACUUAUUCUACUAAAGCUUCAAGAUCAGGUAUAAGAGUUCAUCAUUUAGUUAGUGAAGAUCCAGAAGCUUGGGAAGAAUUCAAAGUUAGAUAUAAUCGUUUAAUUGAAUCAAGAUUAAAAAGAUAUGGUGAAUUUGAUUAUGAUACUGAAGCUGAAUUAAAACAAUAUGAAUUAUAUCGUGAACAAUUAAGACCAUUUGUGGUUGAUUCAAUUGAUUUCAUGCAUACUGCGAUUGAAAAUAAGAAAAAAAUCUUAGUUGAAGGUGCAAAUGCUCUUAUGUUAGAUAUUGAUUUUGGUACUUAUCCUUAUGUUACUUCCUCAUCAACUGGUAUUGGUGGUGUUUUAACUGGAUUAGGUAUUCCUCCAAAAACCAUUAGAAAUGUUUAUGGGGUUGUGAAAGCUUAUACUACUAGAGUUGGUGAAGGUCCAUUCCCAACUGAACAAUUGAAUGAAGAUGGUGAAGCUUUACAAACCAUUGGAGCUGAAUUUGGGGUUACAACUGGUAGAAAGAGAAGAUGUGGUUGGUUAGAUUUAGUGGUAUUAAAAUAUUCUACUUUAAUUAAUGGUUAUACUUCAUUAAACAUUACUAAAUUAGAUGUUUUAGAUUCAUUUAAAGAAAUUAAAAUUGGUGUAUCAUAUAAAUUAAAUGGUGAAACCUUAAAAUCAUUCCCAGAAGAUUUAAUUAAAUUAGGUAAAGUUGAAGUUGAAUAUAAAACUUUACCAGGUUGGGAAUCAGAUAUAACAAAAAUAAAAACUUAUGAUGAAUUACCAACUAAUGCUAAACUUUAUCUUAAAUUCAUUGAAGAUUUCGUUGGUGUCCCAAUUCAAUGGGUUGGAACUGGUCCAGCUCGUGAAUCAAUGUUAGAAAAAGCUAUCUAA